AUGCCGUCGUAUAACUUCAAAACCGCGGCGACAGCCGUGGUGUCUGGGAUAAAGAUGCAGAACGCCGCCGCGGGCGAGUGCGUGAAGGUUGUGGUGCGAUGUCGUCCCUUGUUCGGCAAGGAGAUUCGGGAGGCGCGGAACCAGAUCGUCGACUGCGACGUGCGCAGAGGAGAGGUCCGCAUCGCCAACCCGAAGACACCGGAGGAUCCCCCAAAGCAGUUCACCUUCGACGGAGUGUACGACCACACGAGCACGCAGAAGGAAAUAUUCGAGGGAUGCGCGUUGCCGAUCGUACGCGCGGCGAUCGAGGGAUACAACGGCACCAUAUUCUGCUACGGCCAGACGGGCACGGGCAAGACGCACACGAUGGAGGGAAAAGACGAGCCCGAGAACGAGCGAGGCCUGAUACCCAACACGUUUGAGACUGUGUUUGGUGACAUCGACGCGCUGGAGUCGGCGAACAAGAACUUUCUCGUCCGCGCGUCGUUCCUGGAGAUCUACAACGAGGAGGUCAGGGAUCUUCUCGGCAAAGAUCAGACCAGGAGGUGCGACCUAAAGGAGGACCCGGACAAGGGUGUGUACGUGAAGGACCUGACCACAUUCGUGGUGAAGUCGGUGGCAGAGAUACGCAAGCUGCACGAAGUUGGAAAGAAGAACAGGAGCGUUGGAGCGACGCUCAUGAAUGCCGACUCCUCCCGCUCGCAUUCCAUCUUCACGGUGACGAUAGAGACGAGCGAGGUAAACGAGGGGGAGCCUGCCGAGGAUGCUCACAUCCGCGUCGGUAAGCUGAACAUGGUGGACCUCGCCGGAAGCGAGCGGCAGGCAAAGACCGGAAGCACGGGCGACCGGCUGAAGGAGGCGACCAAGAUUAACCUCUCGUUAUCCGCGCUCGGUAAUGUCAUCAGCGCGCUGGUGGACGGGAAGAGCUCGCACAUCCCGUACCGAGACUCAAAGCUGACGCGGCUGCUUCAGGACUCGCUUGGUGGAAACACGAAAACGGUGAUGAUUGCAAACCUUGGCCCCGCAGACUACAACUUCGACGAGACGAUGAGCACGCUUCGGUACGCGAACCGCGCGAAGAACAUCAAGAACAAGCCGAAGAUCAACGAGGACCCGAAGGACGCGAUGUUGAGGGAGUUUCAGGAAGAGAUUGCUCGUCUCAAGGCUCAGCUUGGCGAAGGCGGCAACCUCGCGGAUGGCGUGCCUGGUCACCGACCCGGCCGGCGCCGCCAGGAGUUCAUCGAGAAGACGGUCUCACAGGUCUCCGACGCACGAUUGCAGCGCAUCCGCGAUGAGAUGCGGCAGCAGAUGGAGGAGAACAUGAGGCAGAACCUCGAGGCUGAGGAGGCAGAGAAGGCUCAGGCAAAAGUUCAAAGGGAGGCUCAGGAGCAGAUGGACCAGUUGAUGUCAGAGAAGGCUCGCACCGAGGAAGAGCGCGCCGAGCUCGAGGCACAGUUCAAGCGCCAGCAGGAGGAGAUGGACGCCAAGUUCCAGGACCUUCAGAGAGAGCGCGAGGAGCAGAAAGCUCUUGAGGACAGACUCGCGGCGAUGCAGGCCAAGGUGAUGCGCGGCGGCACCAACCUCUUGGAUCAGGAGGAGAGGCUUCGUGAGGAGCAGAGACGGCAGGAAGACGAGCUCCGGAAAAUCGCCGAACAGGAAGAGGAAGCGCAGCGGCGCAUCCAGGAAUUGGAAGACCUGCAGACCAUCACCAGCGACUCUUACAAGACGAUUGAGGAAGAAAUAGAGAGCAAGGGUAGGAAGACGAAGAAACUCCAUGAGGCUUACGAGAGAUGUCUGGUUGACAUCAAGGACCUGGAACGUGACUGGACGUCCGAGCGAGAGGAUCUGCUGGACGUCAUACGUGCUCUUACUCGCGAAAUCAAGCUCAAGAAUCUCGUGCUCGACGCUUACAUUCCCCCGGACGAGAUUGACCGCCUGUCGCGUCACGCCACGUGGGACGACAAGGCGGAGACGUGGCGAAUUUCUCACGCGAGAAUAGCCGGGAACAGGGCGAGAGAGCGCCGUGAGAAGGAGGCGAACGAUGCGUGCGGGAAGGACGGCGCGCCUCCUCCGAACGAUCGCGUCGUCGCCGCAAUCGCGGAGGCCAACGGCGGGGACGUGGAGGCGGCGACGAAGCUCGCGACGAACACGUACGCCGAGAGGGUCAAGGGGGUGUACCGCCAGUACAAGGAAGGCGGCGGGAGCGGCGCGGGCGACAGGCGGCGAGCACGACCGGGAUCGGCGCGACCCGGCAGCGCCCGAUCCAGGUCUAAAUCGUCGUCCGCGGGUUCGAAGGACGGGACGAGGAUGCUCGGGUCGCUUCGUGAUGAUGUGGCGGAUUUAGACGAAGGUCCGCGGGACGCGGCGCGAUUCCCGGGGAGGAUCUCCAGGCGGUGACGAUUUUCGCGCUCGAAUGCAAA